GCCUUUCAGAUGCCAAGAGCUCUGGAGAUUCCAUCACUGUGUUGUACGGCAGUGAGAGUGGCAAUGCCGAGGAGCAGGCUAAAAAUCUGAUGCAAGAUUUGAUUGCUCGUGGUUUGAAGGCGACGGUGAGCUCGCUGGAUGACUUUGAAUUUGAGGAGCUGCCCAAUCAGAAGAUCAUGAUUUUGGUCGUCUCCACCUGUGGAUUGGGAGAGUACCCAGCCAACUGCAAGCAGACUUGGCUGAAGCUGCAGUCGGCAGACUUGCCAAUGUCUUGGCUGUCAGGUGUGAAGUUCUGCGUCUUUGGCUUGGGCGACUCAACCUACAGCCAGUUCUGUGUGGCUGCAGCAGGCUUUGAUACGCGCUUGGGUGAGCUUGGUGGUCAGCGCAUGCUCAAGCGCGGUGUGGGAGACGACCGUGACGAGGAUCGCUACUACACUGGAUGGGAAGCCUGGUUGCCAGAGCUUUGGAAGGUCCUCGGAGCCCCAGCCCUGCCACUGAGCCAGGACAUUCCAGCCCCAUCCUACAGAGUUGAUGCCUCUCCAGGUACUCUGGGAAAGCCACCUGUGAGUGACGACGACAUCAUCCCACCUGGUGCCAACCGACUCACUUUGCUCAUGAACAACGUGCUGACUGGUGAUGCCAAGUAUGAUCGAGACAUUCGUCACUAUGAAUUUAAGAUCGAGGGCACCAAUGUAUCUUACAAGACUGGUGAAAGUCUGGCCAUCUGGCCGCGCAACCCAGAGGACAAGGUCUUGGAAUUCUGUCAAAUGAUGGGCUUUGACCCUGCGCAGAACCUGAGAGUCCUUCCUUUGGACGGAGCCCGCAACUGGUGCCCUACAGAGCUGAGUGUGCGACAGCUUUUCUCCCAUGUGCUUGAUAUUUUCGGAAAGCCGAACCGAAAGUUCUACCAGACUCUUGCGCUCUUUGCAAAGGACGAGGGAGAAAAGAAGCAGCUGCAAAGCAUUGUCGAGAAUAGCAAGGAGGGAGCCGCCCUCUAUCGCGACCUGACCCAAGACUUCUAUCACCAUGCAGAUGUGCUCAAGAAGUUUGCAAGCGCCCGACCUCCCAUCGAGCACUUGUUGCAGAUGAUGCCGGUGUUGAAACCCAGGAGCUACUCCAUUGCCAGCUCUCCUUUGAUGCAUCCGGACAAGAUCCAGCUCUGCGUGGUACUGGUUGACUGGACAGUGGAGACCACCAAGGAGCUUCGAUUGGGUGAAUGCACAGGCUACAUGCGACAGCAGAAGCCCGGAGCGCAGAUCAUGUGCCAAGUUCGCUCCAGUGCCAUUGUAUUGCCAAAGGAGCCUGAAAAGCCGGUGAUUAUGGCUGGCAUGGGUACUGGUUUGGCUCCAUGGCGGGCAGUCACCCAGGAGCGCGUGAUGCAAGCGAGACAGGGCAUCAAAGUUGGCAAGUGCAUGCUCUUCUUUGGAGCCCGAUACAAGCAGGAGUGGCUCUACCGGGAAGAAUUUGAGAAGUACGAGAAGGAAGGCGUUUUGCAGAUGCACACAGCCUUCUCCCGAGAGCAGGCGAGAAAGAUCUAUGUGCAGCACCGGAUCGUUGAGGCUGGCCCGGAUGUGGCCGAGAGGAUGCUGAACCAGGGAGGCCACUUCUACGUCUGCGGCUCUGCGCGACAAGUGCCGGAAGAUAUCUACACGGCGAUGAAGGAGGUCAUGAUGGCCAACCAAAGAUGUGGCGAGGAAGACGCGGAAGCGAUCCUGUCGAAUUUGAAGAUGGAGGGACGCUACACCGUGGAGGCUUGGUCGUGAGCCCGUGAGGCUUGGUCGUGAGGUGGGUCAGUGACAAAGGCUCACUCCAAGAAAUACAGCUGCUUGAAAAAUCUUUCAAGACUCGGGGCGAACUUUAAAGUCU